AUGGUCGUAGUUCCGACAGAAGAAAAGUCUGGCAAGGAGGGCUUUCCAAGCGGCGAGACGAAUCCCGACUACGGUGAUCAACCACCGCCCGCGUACGACCUUGUUGUUUCCGAGUUCCCUCCCGACAUACCAGGGCCCAGCUCGUCUCGUCCUGGUCCAAGCUCUCGCGCAUCCCCUCCUCUUCCACCACGCACACCCUCUUCCUCGUCUCCACCACCUUCAUUCUCCUCCUCGCCGGCUCUCCCAGCACAUCCACAUCGCAGCGGAUCAAACCACAACAAGGCUGCGAGCACCUCCGGAGCCGUCGACCACCCCGCUCUCAAAUAUGCACCUCCAACAGCCAAGACCGAUUCCAAACCCCUCCCCUCUCCCUGCCCCUUCGACGCCCUGAGUCCCAAGGCCAGCACGCUCAGAUCGACCAAGAGCAGCAGCUGGCUCUCUAUGUUCAUGCCCUCCUCCAACAAGAACACCAAACAGGUCCGCACCACCGUCCUCAACCUCGCCCGCGGCCUCGUCCUCCCCAACGGGCCCGAGUCGCCUCAAACUGAAGACGUUCUUGCGCGCGCUCGCGAAAUUUGCAGCUCAUACGACCUCAACCUGUCCACCAUCCUGCAGGAGUACUCGAUCGAGGGCCACACCCCGAUCUACUGGGCGAUUAUCUCGCCCCGCCGAGAGCAACUGCUUGCACCGCUUGUCAGGUGUGCGAGUCCGCUCAACCCGCAAUCGCUGUCGGACAUCCGGAGGGCGUGUUUGGCGGUGUCAGAUCAGCCACUGUAUCAGGCAUAUCGGACGAGGGGGUAUCCGUUCAAUUCGAUGUCGUUUACUGAUCCAGGUUCUGCUCUCAACGCCGCCGACGCACUGGUUCUUGGCGACCUUAAAUCGGACGAUGUACAAGUGGAAGAGCUCGAUGGCGACGGAGCGUUCAUCGCCUCAUUUGAAAUUACAUUAUGGCAGAAGCGGUUGCGAGUAGCAGGGAAGGUCUCGAUUCAAUUCAUCGCCAGAGGUCGCCUCUGGCAAAUCACCUUCUUCUCCUCCGUCCCACAAUCAUCGGCUCCACCGGGUAAGGCUGUUCGUAAGCUCAGCGGCUCGUGGUACGCGUCGCUUUCCCUGCUCGAGCACAGCUCCCCCACGCAUGUCGACUCGCUGCUCGUCGUUGACGUUCCCAAGCCCUCGACCACGACCUCAGGCGGAUCCAGCCCACCCGCAACUGCCUCCUUCUCUCCACCUGCCAUCGUCGAGCCCGGGGACCAACGGCCACACCACUCCAGCUCGUACCCACCGCUUAUCACACCUCCGGACAACGGCGCAUCGCUCAACCCCGGCGUCUCGCUCACGACGCGCGAGCUGACGAGCUCUCUCCGGAACGGUACGCUCGCAGGCACAUCGCUCUCCCCGUACCUCUCACUGCCCACACCCGGGCCGUCGCGCUCGGGGAGCCAGGUGAGCCUCGCGGCGUCGCAGUACGGCGAGCUGCUCGCGCACUCUUCCUCGCCGUCUCUGCAGACCCCGAGCCCGGGCGCGAGCAUGAGGCUGCUAGACCAGAACACGCCGUUCGAUAAGGUGACGGCGAAAGCGGGCGGCGCGAUCAUGUACCGUCUCACCGCAUACGAGAGCCAGCUCGCGCGCAAGGCCAAGGGCGGGAAGGGACAGGACGGGGAUUCUGGCCCGAAGGAUGCGUCCGCGAAGAACGUGACCAAGUCCGAGACGUGGACCGAGAAGGACGUGCACUAUAUCAACCGACUCGUCGUUCCGCUGUGCGACGGCCCGGGGUCGUCGCUGAUGUACGACGACUCUCCGUUCCUCUCGGCUGACGGUACUCUCCGCGGACGGUUGGAGGCGCGCCUGAUGAAGACGACGGAGGAGUCGACGAAAGAUUGUGUUAUUUGUUAGGUCCGGGUGGGAUGCCUGCCCUCUUUGUAUGUUUGUGCGGUUCGGUGUAUACCAUGUUGGCUUGAUACUCUCGAGGUGUUAUUGAUUCUCGUCGAAUGCUGCACACACGGAUAGAGGUUGGAUUUCCAGUAUGCCACCCGUGCUCCUACAAUUGGAUGCGCGUGGUCGUUUGCGGCCUAAACUGGUGGCCCUUGGGUCGUCUCGGACGAUGCGGACAACAUUUUUAUAUCAUUUUAUAUAUCUCAGCGCGCGGCGCCGACGACCGACUUGAAGCGCCAAACAUUGUACUAUCGCCACGAGAUUUGUAUACGCACUCAUAUUCUUACGAUAUUGACUCUAGUUCAAU